AUGGCGUCGGUGAGAGCACGGCAGUAUUAUGGUGUCGGUGACAGCACGGCCAGUAUCAUGGCGUCGAGCGGCGCUGUGCUCUCUACCACACCCCCCAAGAGCGGCGCUGUGCUCUCUACCACACCCCCCCAAGAGCGGCGCUGUGCUCUCUACCACACACCCCCAAGAGCGGCGCAGUGCUCUCUACCACACCCCCCAAGAGCGGCGCUGUGCUCUCUACCACCCCCCAAGAGCGGCGCUGUGCUCUCUACCCCCCCCCCAAGAGCGGAGCGGCUGUGCUCUCUACAACCCCCCCAAGAGCGGCGCUGUGCUCUCUACCACACCCCCCAAGAGCGGCGCUGUGCUCUCUACCACACCCCCAAGAGCGGCGCUGUGCUCUCUAACACCCCCCCAAGAGCAGCGCUGUGCUCUCUACCACCCCCCAAGAGCGGCGCUGUGCUCUCUACCACACCCCCCAAGAGCGGCGCUGUGCUCUCUACCACACCCCCCCAAGAGCAGCGCUGUGCUCUCUACCACACACCCCCAAGAGCGGCGCAGUGCUCUCUACCACACCCCCCAAGAGCGGCGCUGUGCUCUCUACCACACACCCCCAAGAGCGGCGCUGUGCUCUCUACCACACACCCCCAAGAGCGGCGCUGUGCUCUCUACCACACACCCCCAAGAGCGGCGCUGUGCUCUCUACCACACACCCCCAAGAGCAGCGCUGUGCUCUCUACCACACCCCCCAAGAGCGGCGCUGUGCUCUCUACCACACCCCCCCAAGAGCGGCGCUGUGCUCUCUACCACACCCCCCAAGAGCGGCGCUGUGCUCUCUACCACACCCCCAAGAGCGGCGCUGUGCUCUCUACCACACCCCCCCAAGAGCGGCCCUGUGCUCUCUACCACCCCCCAAGAGCGGCCCUGUGCUCUCUACCACACCCCCCAAGAGCAGCCCUGUGCUCUCUACCACACCCCCCCAAGAGCAGCGCUGUGCUCUCUACCACACCCCCCAAGAGCGGCGCUGUGCUCUCUACCACACCCCCCCAAGAGCGGCGCUGUGCUCUCUACCACACCCCCCAAGAGCGGCGCUGUGCUCUCUACCACACCCCCCCAAAGAGCGGCGCUGUGCUCUCUACCACACACCCCCAAGAGCGGCGCAGUGCUCUCUACCACACACCCCCAAGAGCGGCGCUGUGCUCUCUACCACACACCCCCAAGAGCGGCGCUGUGCUCUCUACCACACACCCCCAAGAGCGGCGCUGUGCUCUCUACCACACACCCCCAAGAGCGGCGCUGUGCUCUCUACCACACACCCCCAAGAGCGGCGCUGUGCUCUCUACCACACCCCCCCCAAGAGCGGCGCUGUGCUCUCUACCACACCCCCCAAGAGCGGCGCUGUGCUCUCUACCACACCCCCCCAAGAGCGGCGCUGUGCUCUCUACCACACCCCCCAAGAGCGGCGCUGUGCUCUCUACCACACCCCCCCCAAGAGCGGCCCUGUGCUCUCUACCACACCCCCCCCAAGAGCGGCCCUGUGCUCUCUACCACACCCCCCCCAAGAGCGGCCCUGUGCUCUCUACCACACAUCCAAGUUCUGUCAACUUCAGUGCUUGA